UUUCUUUCUCGUAUCGCCAUAGCGUUUCGCUUUGCUCAAAAAUAUCAAAAAAUGAUUGAUAAAAUUGUUUAAUACGCAGUGAAGACUACAAAUAAAUUAAUUCUAGUAGAAUUCGAUUAGCAGAUAAAUUAAAACAUGGAGUUCUUGUCAGAGAUAAUAGGAGAGACCGUGAUAUUGGGGUUGGAUUCUCUUAUCUUAGGGUUCUGUAUCAAACAGCUGAGUAAAUGUAAACAUAUACUCAAUGCUCUACAGACUGCACCAGUGCUGGACAUAGAUUCUACAUUAAAUAAAGAGAUUAAUAAAUACCCAAACAACACUAUCCCAUUUGUGGUGAUCCGCGGACUCGUCAAGCCGAUGGGUAAUCCUAUCACAAGCAACUAUAACAACUCAGUCACUGGAGUCAUUCAGAGAUUGACAAUAAAAGAACAUGUGAUAGCGAGAACCUCAGCCGGUUUCUGGUCUGACCAGACACGCACCAUCCAUGAGGUGUGCAACUCCACUCCUUUUGUGCUCAGCAACGGGAAAUAUAAAAUUGAGGUUGUUGAUGCACUGGCUGCAGAAUUGCUAGAUAUGGAUGUAAUCUCCGACAAAUUCGAGCCCAUGUUACCUGGUGUCAUAGACCAUGUUUGGGGCUUCUUCUCCGGAGUGAGACAGCGAGGGCUGCAGACUAUGGAGGAGAUGCUGCGGGACGGCUCCUACAUCACGGCCAUCGGGGAACUGAGCCGGAGCAACACCGGAGCCCUGAAGAUUCAGCCACCGAGAGAUGGGCUCCCGUUAUAUUUGACUACAGCCACUAAAUCGUCUCUGUUGAAGAGGCUUGCUAGUUCGAGAGAUUUCUUGAGGAUCCUCCUCGUAGUGUUCGGGUCGGUGGCGGCCGCGGCGUCGUGCCGCAUCGUGUACAAGUACCUGAAGCGGCGCCGGCGGCGCGCGCUGGAGGCCGGCGUCAAGGCGCAGCUGGCGCGCGGCCGGCGCGAGCGGCGCGCGCGCGCCCGCGACGCCGACCUCGGCGAGCUUCAGCUGUGCGUGGUCUGCUCGGAGAACCCGAAGGAGAUAAUCCUGCUGCCGUGCGGCCACGUGUGCCUGUGCGAGGACUGCUCGGACCACAUCGCGGACUCGUGCCCCGUGUGCCGCGAGCGGAUCCAGUCGCGCGCGCCCGCCUUCAUCACGUGAACCAGCUCGCGGGACGGUGAGGCGCCGGCGCAGCGGAGUGAUAUUCUGCAUCAAUUUCCAUAACAAAACUAAAAAAAAGACUAAGAAUUGAUAUGAAAUUUCAUAUUGUAGAUGGUCAUUCAGUCACAUUCUUGUCGAGCAUUGUAGAAUAAUGUCGUAGAUUUACAGUAAAGCAGGUCAGGAUUUGGAUGAAAUUGUAAUGAUCACAUUUUAUUUUUACCGAGCAUUUUAGAGCAAUGCAGUGAAAAAACUGAACUUAUCAUUUUGUUUCUUUAGAAAUUGUAUUCUUACUGAAACUGUUUUGUUAUUUAAAAGUUGAUUAUGGGAAGAAUCUUUAUUACAGAAAUUCUUCUCUCGCUAUUUCUUCCCUUCAUCUAUCUUUCAUCUCAUGAAUUAUACUCCUAAAAAUUAUAUGCACGGCGCCCAUCUUCUCUGUAACAUAGUCUUUGUAAAAAUAAUUAGGAGUGAACCACUUUAGACUAAUUCUAGUUUGUAAUUAUUUAUUUCGUAACAACCUGGCCCUUAUAAGAGUAUUGAAAAAUAAUAAGGACAAAAAUAUUGUGAAUAAAGUCUGGAAAUAUUUAUUUACUCGUAAUGUGGCCAGGCUGUUGACGUGGUGAAGAUUUGGUAAUGAUCGAUGAGCUUGUUGUAAUGUUAUCUUUCGUGAAAAUGUUUUCCGGUAAAGUGUUUUCUUAAAUACAUUACAUGCUAUUGCUGUAAGUUUGACUAUAAACAAAAUAAAUGAAUUAAAAACAAA